GCAACAAAAAACUCUUGAGCAGCACUUUCACCACAAGUCUCCUACUUGCUUAUCUUUCUAAUAUGGGUAGUCUUUCUGCAAACACCUUCUCCCCCUUGGACUCCAAUACCUUAAAAAAUGAGUCGAAAAUGGUGGUCGAUUUCAUUUCUGACUAUUACAACAACAUAGAAAAAUACCCAGUUCGAAGCGAGGUUCAGCCUGGAUACCUCUCAGCCAAGUUGCCUCAAUCAGCACCAUGUUGUCCUGAAUCAUUGGAAGAUAUCCUGAAAGACGUUUCCGAUAGCAUUUUACCAGGCCUUACUCACUGGCAAAGCCCUAAUUUCUUUGCCUACUUCCAAGCUAAUGCCAGUAAUGCUGGAUUUGUCGGAGAGAUGCUUUGCUCAGGCUUGAAUAUUGUUGGAUUCAGUUGGAUUUCAUCUCCAGCCGCAACCGAGCUGGAAUCCCUUGUCAUGGAUUGGAUGGGAAAAUUACUGAAUCUUCCAUCCUCAUUUCUUUUCUCUGGCAAUGGAGGUGGCGUCUUGCAUGGAAGCACUUGUGAAGCUAUAGUGUGCACUCUGGCUGCAGCAAGAGACAAGGUCUUGAAAAGAAUGGGAUGGGAUAAAAUCACAAAGUUGGUGGUCUAUGCCUCUGAUCAAACACAUGCCACUCUCCAUAAGGGAACCAAAUUAGUUGGUAUCCCAUCCUCCAACAUCCGCUCCCUCUCUACCUCAUUUUCAUCUGGUUUUUCCUUAUCACCUCAAACCCUGCAGGAAGCCAUCGAAAAUGAUAUCAAAUCUGGGUUUAUUCCUUUGUUUCUCUGUGCCACUGUGGGAACUACUGCCUGUGGAGCAGUUGAUCCUAUAAAAGAAUUAGGGGAAAUUGCGAAAAAAUACAACAUAUGGCUCCACAUUGAUGCAGCUUAUGCAGGGAGCGCUUGCAUUUGCCCCGAGUUCAGGCAUUAUUUAAAUGGUGUAGAACUUGCAGAUUCAAUUAGCAUGAACCCACAUAAAUGGUUACUUACUAACAUGGAUUGUUGUUGUUUGUGGGUUAAGCAGCCCCAUUCAUUAAUCGAUUCAUUAACUAGUGAUGCAGAAUACUUGAGGAAUGCUGCUACCGAAUCAAAUAACGUAGUGGACUACAAAGACUGGCAAAUUGCAUUGAGCAAGCGAUUCAGGGCCUUGAAACUUUGGGUUGUGAUCCGUAGACAUGGAUUGAGUAACCUUAUGUACCACAUACGCAGCGAUGUUAAGUUGGCAAAGUGGUUUGAGUCACUGGUGGGAAAUGACAAAAGGUUCGAGAUAGUGGUGCCAAGGAGGUUUGCCUUAGUUUGCUUCAGGCUAAAACCUAAGAAUGGAAUCGAUGGCUCUAAAUUGAACAGGCAGCUAUUGUUUGCUGUGAAUGAGAGCGGACGUGCCUUCAUGACUCAUGGAGUGGCAGGCGGAGUUUAUUUUUUACGCUGCGCGAUUGGAUCCACAUUAACUGAAGAAAGGCAUGUAAGUGAGUUGUGGAAGCUGAUUCAAGAAAAGGCUCAAACAAUCCUCGCUAAUGCAACAACGUUUCUCAUCUAAAACAUAAUCAUGUGACAUGCAACAUUUACACAGUAGAUUUCAUUUUUCAUCUUGAUUAAGAUUUUAAGCUAAACUCUCCUCUCUCUUUCUCUUAGUAGAAAAAAAAAUCUCAUAUUAUUCAUAAUUGUAACUUGGCCUCACAUUAUUUUGUAUUGGCAUUGUUUUCGUCUUGUCAUGAAAAUUUCUGUGAUGUUUUACCUUUCUAAUAAAUAUUCAUUGCAAUUUGGCUUGGCCUUGUAACUUGGCUUGACAUUGUUUCUACUAUAAAAAUUAUUGUUGUAUUUUA